AUGAGUUCACCCACUAGUCUAGAAGAUUAUGAACAAAAUCAUCAUGCAGAACUAUCACCAAGAUCAACUAUAAUUAAAAACCAAUCACCUGACUCAAAUGAUGAUGAUGAGGAUGAUGAUGAAGAUCAAGAUAUGGAUACUCAAAUAAAUAAUCAACAACAACAUAAUAAUAAUCAUAGUAAUUCACUAAUACAAAACAAUAAUAUUAUUAAUAAUGAUGGCGGCAAACAUCAAAAUCAAUCAAGUACAGAUAAGAAUUCAAUACUACAUCAAAAUGAUAAUAUUGAUGUUGAUUUUAUGAUGGAUAAUGAAUAUAAUGAUUAUGAAGAAUUAAGAAAAGCAAUUGUAAUUAAAAGAAGAUUAUCAAGUAUUAAACGUCCUCAUGGUCCAUAUAUUGAUGAAAAUUUGAAAAUUAAUAAAAAUUCUUUAUUAAGAUUACCAACAGAAGUAUUAUUACAAGUAUUUCAUUAUUUAGAAAGAAAAGAUUGGUAUUCAUUAGCAACAACUUGUACAGAAAUUGCAGAUUUAAUAAUUGAAAUGUUAUGGUUUAGACCAAAUAUGCAAAAUGAUUUAGCAUUUAAAAAAAUUAAAUCAGUUAUGGAAAUUAAUAAGAAUAAAACUCAUUGGGAUUAUAGACAAUUUAUAAAAAGAUUAAAUUUAUCAUUUAUGACAAAAUUAGUUGAUGAUAAAUUAUUAAAUUUAUUUAUUGGUUGUCCAAAAUUAGAAAGAUUAACUUUAGUUAAUUGUGCAAAAUUAACAAGAUCACCUAUAACAAAUGUUUUACAAGGUUGUGAAAGAUUACAAUCUAUUGAUUUAACUGGAGUAACUGAUAUACAUGAUGAUAUAAUAAAUGCAUUAGCUGAUAAUUGUCCAAAAUUACAAGGUUUAUAUGCACCAGGUUGUGGGAAUGUAAAUGAAAUUACAAUUAUAAAAUUAUUAAAAAGUUGUCCAAUGUUAAAAAGAUUAAAAUUUAAUUCAAGUAAUAAAAUUACUGAUGAAUCAAUUUUAGUAAUGUAUGAAAAUUGUAAAUCAUUAGUUGAAAUUGAUUUACAUGGUUGUGAAAAUGUUACAGAUUUAUAUUUAAAAAAAAUAUUUUUAGAAUUAUCACAAUUAAGAGAAUUUAGAAUUAGUAAUGCUCCAGGUAUAACUGAUAAAUUAUUUGAAUUAAUACCUGAUGGAUUUAUACUUGAAAAAUUAAGAAUUAUUGAUAUAACUGGUUGUAAUGCAAUUACUGAUAAAUUAGUUGAAAAAUUAGUUUCUUGUGCUCCAAGAUUAAGAAAUGUUGUUUUAAGUAAAUGUAUGCAAAUAACAGAUGCAAGUUUAAGAGCUUUAAGUCAAUUAGGUAGAAGUUUACAUUAUAUUCAUUUAGGUCAUUGUGGUUUAAUCACUGAUUAUGGAGUUGCUGCAUUAGUUAGAUAUUGUCAUCGUAUACAAUAUAUUGAUUUAGCAUGUUGUUCACAAUUAACUGAUUGGACAUUAGUUGAAUUAGCAAAUUUACCAAAAUUAAGAAGAAUAGGUUUAGUAAAAUGUUCAAUGAUUACUGAUUCUGGUAUAUUAGAAUUAGUUAGACGUAGAGGUGAACAAGAUUGUUUAGAAAGAGUUCAUUUAAGUUAUUGUACAAAUUUAAAUAUUGGACCAAUUUAUUUAUUAUUAAAAAGUUGUCCAAAAUUAACUCAUUUAUCAUUAACUGGUAUAUCAGCAUUUUUAAGAAGAGAAAUUACUCAAUAUUGUCGUGAACCUCCACCAGAUUUUAAUGAACAUCAAAAAUCAUUAUUUUGUGUAUUUAGUGGUCAUGGAGUUAAUCAAUUAAGAAAUUAUCUUAAUCAAGUUAUGGAAGAAAGAACUUAUCAAAUUGAUCAAGGUGAUAUUCAUGUAUUAUUUAAUGAAAGAAGACGUCGAUUUUUAAAUGGUGAUGCAGAUCAAGAAAAUAAUAAUAAUAAUGAUAAUGAAAAUAACAAUAAUAAUAAUGAUAAUAAUGAAAUCAAUAAUAAUAAUGAACAAAAUAAUACUAAUCCUUGGGAAGGUAGAUUAGGAUUACCAAAUAAUAAUAAUAUCAACAAUAUUAACAAUCAUUUAAAUGAAGAAUUGAUUGAAAUUAAUAGAGAAAUAUUUAGAGAAUUAAAUGAAGGUAAUAUGGGACCUGAUGAAAUGAGAGAACAUUUCCAAAGAUUAAUUAGAAAUCAUCAUCAACAAAGAAUUCAAGAACAUCAACAAAGAUUGAAUAGAACCGAACAACAAAUUGAUCAAUUAGAGCAACAACAACAGAAUCAAGGAACUCAACCUCAACAACCUCAACAACCUCAACAACCUCAACAAAUUCAACCACAACUUCCAAAUCCACAACCACAAACCCAACCACCACAACAUCAACAACUACAUCAACAACCUCAUAUUGCACUAGCUCAAAUGCAAGCAAGAUUACUUGAAAAUUUAGCAAGAACAAAUAAUUUACUUACACCAAUAAAUCAAAUAACAAAUCCAGAAAAUGCACCUCAUAUUGAACAACAACCAGUAUUUCAAAACCAAGCAUUUACUUUAAAUCAUGAUAGAAAUCAACAACAACAAGCACUACCAGAACAACAACAACAACAACAACAACAAAAUCAAGGACCAAUACCAAAUCAACAUCCUCCGAAUAAUAUGGAUCCUAUUGAUGACAACAUAAUUCAGGAUGAUGAUGAUGGUGAUGGUGAUAUAGUUAUGGCAUCAGCGGAUUUAUUUCCACCAAUUGGAGGAGGUGAUGGUACAGCUUGA